UUGGCCGAGGCCUAGCAAAGACUGGCCGGGGAUCCAAACCUGCAGGCCGCACUUAGCCUACCGUCAAAAAUAAACCAAAACAAUAACAAGACAAAUCCGAGGAAGCGGGAGAAAGAAACGCCGCUCGAGUGGGAAGAGCGUGUUAUCCAGAUUAAUUGGAUUACCUAGAUGGGAGGAGGCAUUGUCCUUUUGGUUUUAUUGUAGAGCUUAUCACUAAAUGUGAAGUCUUUUUUUGCGGUAAAAAGACAUGGAUCGAGGAGGAGGAGUUUUGGAGCUGCACACUCAGGAGCUGAAGAUGCCCCAUGCUAUGAUAAUGCAAGACUUUGUUGCAGGCAUGGGAGGUCUGGCUCACAUUGAUGGGGAACACAUUGUGGUUUCUGUGCCUGAGGGGAUGCUUCUUUCUGAUGUGAUGACCGAUGAGGGGAUCCUCUUGGAGCAUGGACUUGAGGUGGAAGGUCUGGAGACUCAAGUGGUUCACGGCCUGGAGACAGAAGUUGUAGAAGGACUGGAGACCGAAGUGGUGGGAAGCUUACAUGCUGACGUAGAGGGCUUGGAAGCAGAGGUUGUCGACGGGCUACAGACAGAGGUGGUAGAGUUGGAAGCCCAGGUUGUUGAUGGUCUGGACGGUGAGGUUGAAGUGGAGGGUCUUGAGGCGCAAGUCGUCGAGGGCCUGGAAACUGAAGUCGAUGUAGAGGAAUUGGAAGCACAUGUUGUUGAAGGUCUUGAGGAAGAGGUGGAAGUGGAAGGCUUGGAAGCUGAGGUGGUUGAUGGUCUGGAGGUAGAUGUGGAAAGUCUGCAGUCUCAAGGAGUAGAGGCUCAUGAAAUAACUGAAGACAUGGUCCCCUCAGGGCACAGCGUGAUCCUGCCUGACAAUAUAUUGGGGACUGAAGUUGCCAUAGAGGAAGCCUUAGAUGUCCAUCAUCACCAUGUUUUAACGUCAGACCUCAUCCAAGGCUCAAACCACCACGAUGACAUGCCAGAUCAGGUGUUUGUGGCAGAGUUACUUUCUGAGCACCAAGACAACACACUGGACCACCAACUUGUGUCGGAAGGGUUGAUGGUGACAGAGGCCAACGCAGAAACCAUAAUCCAUCAGCAGUUGCCAACCGAGACUGUUCCCAUCCAGACAGAUGAAGAUGAUGACGCGAGAAGCAGCUCUGAGGAUUACCUCAUGAUUCCUCUUGAUGAAGUGGGAGAGAAGUUGGACAUAGGAGACACUCCCUUGGAGAUCAGCACUGAAGUCAUGGAAGACAAGGAAAUUAAAGAGGAAGACGACUCUGAGGUCAUCAAAGUGUACAUCUUUAAAGCAGAAGCAGAUGAUGAUUUAGGUGGAACAGAGGUGAUAACGGAGGAUGACUACCACAACGGUCAUCCUGAUCUGGAAGCCGCAUCGUCAGGCAGACUGGGAGUCGGUCGUGAUAAGAUGGUCUACAUGGCAGUUAAGAACCCACCAAAGGAAGAAGAGGAUGAUGACGACGAUGACAGUGAUGAUGAUGACGAUGAUGACAUUAGUACUAUUGAUCAGGUGAAGAAUGGAGUGGCUACACCUUUUUUGCAAAUCCGCGAGGGGCUGGGAGCAAAUCGUGCUCUCAGGGCCAAAACUAAAAAGAGGAGGAAAGGAGAUACGAGGCAGUGUCAGACUGCUGUCAUCAUUGGACCAGAUGGAUUGCCUUUGACUGUUUACCCUUGCCACAUCUGUGGGAAGAAGUUUCGCUCACGAGGCUUCCUCAAGUGUCACAUGAAGAACCAUCCAGAUCACCUGCUCAAGAAAAAGUACCAGUGUACAGACUGUGACUUUACCACCAACAAGAAGAUCAGUUUCCACAACCACUUGGAGAGUCACAAGCUCCUGAGCCACAACAGUGAUCGAUCUCCAGAAUAUACUGAGUACACGCGCCGCUACCACGAGGCCAGCCCUCUGGGCUCUGACAAGCUCAUCGUCAAGGACCGGGAGCCCAAACUGCAUCACUGCAAGUACUGUGAUUAUGAGACAGCAGAACAGGGUCUGCUCAACCGGCACCUUUUGGCAGUGCACAGUAAGAACUUUGCACAUGUGUGUGUCGAGUGCGCCAAAGGCUUUCGCCACCCAUCGGAGCUGAAAAAACACAUGCGGACCCACACGGGAGAGAAGCCCUACCAUUGUCCACACUGUGAGUUCCGAUGUGCAGAUCAGUCCAACCUAAAGACUCACAUCAAGAGCAAGCACGGCGCAGAUCUGCCCUUCAAGUGCAGCCAUUGUCCCCAAGCCUACGCCGACGCACGCGAACUCCAGCGUCACAUAGAGAUGGUGCAAGGCCACAAGACCCACCAGUGUCCUCACUGCGAGCACAAGAGCACCAACUCCAGUGACCUGAAAAGGCACAUUAUCUCAGUUCACACCAAGGACUUUCCCCAUCAGUGUGACGUUUGUGAAAAAGGCUUUCAUAGGCCCUCAGAGUUGAAGAAACACGCAGAGACUCACAAGGGCAACAAGGUGCACCAGUGCCGGCAUUGCAAUUUCAACGCUCCUGACACUUUCACCCUGAGUCGCCAUAUCCUGUCCUUGCACACAAAGGACCUCCCAUUUAAGUGCAAGCGAUGCCGGCGAGGUUUCCGGCAGCCGGCUGAGCUGAAGAAGCACAUGAAGACACACAGUGGUAGAAAAGUUUAUCAGUGCCAGUAUUGUGAGUACAACAGUACGGACGCUUCCGGCUUCAAACGCCAUGUCAUCUCAAUUCACACCAAGGACUACCCCCACCGCUGCGACUACUGCACCAAGGGCUUUAGGAGGCCUUCAGAGAAGAGUCAGCACAUAGCUAGGCAUCACAAAGACAUGUUGAUGUAAUGUCAUCACACACACACACACACACACACAUACAUACAUACUCUUCCCAAGUAAAUCUGUGUCACACACCCAGAGGUAAAAUUAGUAUAAGAAAGAAAGACAUAAUUUCUGUUCUGUAUUAAAUCGGGUUUAAACCUUCUCACCCAGGGGUCAUGCAAGAACUCAUUUUAGAAAAGAAAAAAAAAAAGGGGGGGUGUACACUUGAGUGGGACGGCUGUAAAUUGUCUUCUGUUGCAGAAAAUUGCAUAUGAAUAUAUAUAUUCAGGGCUUCAAAUGUCUAUAUUUUUAUACCCACUCAGCUGAAAUGCUGCAAGAUAACUGUGUCAGUGCUUUGUGGAUGUCAUACUAGUUCUUUGGAAGAUGUGGAAAGAGUACAGAAGAGGUUUGCUUACAUUGUAACUAACUAGUAUUUUUUUCUUAAUGAGUCACUUUUACCCUUAAAUUUAUUUUCUGUGCUAUUCGAUCUUAAAUGGAUGGGAACAUUCGGCGAUUUUGGCGCACAUACUGCAUCUUUCAGAAAAAACGCAAAAAAUUAUGUUCAACAGGCAGAACUUUCACAAUUUUGGAUUGACCAUCCAAGCCGAAACACUUGAAGUUUUAUUAAAUUAAUUAUGCAUUAUUAAUAAAGACUUUAUGCCAUUAAA